AACGUAUACUCUCUCUCUCUCUCUCUCUCUCUCUCUCUCUCUCUCUCCGUCUCCUACUCUGUUUCUAAAUCCUAACUCCACCUCCUCACCUCUAUACAGUGGUGACCUUGUUGGAGCAGAAGUUCUCCGCUGAGCGGCUUCUAACGAGAGUAGGAGAAGCCCUUCACUAUAUAUUCUUCUUCUUCUUCUCCUCUGUUUCUUAUAUUUCAUGUCUCCUAUCGACUUCCCGCUCUCUUCUCCUCUCAUCGGAGUUUGGUUACAAUCUCUACUCUGCAAUUCCUAUCCAAGACGGCUUGUUUUCCUUUUUGAUCGGAAAAAGCACAGGUUCGGUUCGAGGGUUUUGUUUACGCUUCUUAUCUUCUCCCGAAAAGAUGAGUGAUUCUAAGGUAUUUAUAUUUGGGUCAUUUACCGAAGAUGAGGUCAGGUCAUUCCAGAGGCAAGCAUCAGAGAACACUGUACAACCUUUGGGGAAGAAAGACCUCCGUUUUGGUUCUUUGGAUUUUGAGACUGUAAGAUCCUUGGGUGGUUUGAAAUGUGAACCUGUGCAAGCUGAUUCUUUGAAAGGGUCUAAAGAUUUCCAGCUACCAAAUAUGGUAGUGAAGGACAAUGCAAUCAAGACUGUUAAUGCAGCAACCAAUAAAUUGCAAAGAGUGUCAGGAAGUAUGAAAGAGAAUGGAAGUAUCCAGAAUUCAUCCAAUUUUUCUCCAUAUUGUAAUGGCGUAAAAGAACAUGAAGGAGGUUGUCUAGAUUUUCCUUCAUUAUAUAUCUCUCUGGAUGCUGGUCCUCCAAAGCAGCUAACAAGCCCAGUGGACAGAAAUUUUCUCAUCACAUCUCACUCUAUUCCAGAUGAAGUACUUGUCAAUUCAUCAACACUUGUGGCUUCUAAUGAUGAUAUUCAGAAGGCAGUGAAUCAGUCAAGUACAUUUGUUAAAGAUUUACUGCCACGAGGCUUAAUCAACUCGGGGAAUUUAUGCUUUCUCAAUGCAACACUGCAGGCUUUACUGUCCUGUUCUCCUUUUGUUCAGCUUUUGCAGGAACUAAGAACUCGAGAUAUUCCCAAGACUGGAUACCCAACAUUAUGUGCAUUUGUUGAGUUCAUCUCUGAUUUUGAUAUGCCCACUGGUUCAACUUUGAAGAAGAAGGAAAUGUCAGUUGUUGAGACUGGAUUACCUUUCAGACCUGCCAUGUUUGAACCCAUUCUUAAAAAUUUUACUCCAGAUGUUCCAAAUAGUAUAUCAGGCAGGCAUAGACAAGAAGAUGCUCAGGAAUUUCUGAGUUUCAUAAUGGAUCAGAUGCAUGAUGAAUUAUUGAAGCUUGAAGAUCAAUUUUCAAGCUCAACUACGGCUAAAGCAUCACUGGUGUCAAAUGUAGAAGAGGAUGGUUGGGAGACUGUUGGGCCAAAGAACAGAUCUUCUGUGACAAGAACACAGAGUUUCAUUCCAUCAGAAUUAAGUGCAAUUUUUGGAGGACAGUUGAGAAGUGUUGUUAAGGCAAGAGGUAACAAGGCCUCUGCUACAGUUCAGCCAUUUCUAUUGCUACACCUUGAUAUUUUUCCAGAAGCUGUUUGUUCCAUUGAAGAUGCACUUCGUCAAUUUUCUGCCCCAGAAACACUUGAGGGGUAUCGAACAUCAGUGUCAGGAAAGGCUGGGGUGGUCAGUGCUAGCAAGUCUGUAAAGAUACAGACACUUUCAAAGAUUAUGAUAUUGCACUUGAUGCGAUUCAGCUAUGGAAGCCAAGGAAGCAUGAAACUGCAUAAGCCUGUGCACUUCCCCCUUGAACUGGUUCUGGGUCGUGAAUUGCUUGUUUCUCCAUCUGCUGAGGGCCGGAGAUAUGAGCUUGUUGCAACAAUCACUCACCAUGGGAGGGAGCCUUCAAGGGGGCACUAUACUGCUGAUGUCCGCUACUCCAAUGGUCAGUGGCUGAGAUAUGACGAUGCAUCUGUCACUGCUGUAGGCGUUAACAAGGUUUUGCAUGACCAGGCUUAUGUUCUCUUCUACAAACAAGUUUAGAGGUAUCCAUAAUUCAUGUAGGAGGAUUGUCCUAGGCCCAACCUUGUAAAAAAGUAAAACUCAGUUCUGUUCAAGAAUUUGUUAGCUAGUAUGGGCAGUGGGCUAUCUGCCAUUGUACACUGUAACCCUUGUUAUCAAAGACCAGAAACUGUCUUGCUGGCUCCUAUUUGUGGUUUUGGUUGUAUACUGAGUGAGUGUAACAGUCCUAACAGCUUGUCAUUAAUUAUAUGGAAUUAUUUUAAUGGUUUUUAUGAACUA